GUCCAGAUGGGUUUCCCUUUUCAGUGAAGUUACAUAUCAACUCUGAGGUUUAAUUUGUAAACUCGGUUUUGUUUCAUAGCGUGUUAUUCCUCCCUUAUUUAUCGCUGCCCGAUAAUACUGGCUGGGGCGGAAUGCGGCGGACACGCCUUUCUGCCAGAACGCGGAUGUCUCUGCAGUAUAUAGCGGAGUGGAGCGCACACACCCUGGGAGGAAGAUCUAGACUUGUCAGCCUGUACGUACCAGUUCUCUGUCUCCUAUCCUCACCAGGUUACACUGCAAAUACUAAGCGCCAUGGCACACCACAAAGAGUUUGAUACUGCAGGGAAGAAGCCCGGCCUGCAGGUGUGGCGGGUGGAGCAGAUGGAUUUGAAGCCUGUCCCUACGCAACUCCAUGGAAACUUCUUCAUGGGCGAUGCUUACAUAGUGCUCUACACCACCUCUGCCCCUUCUUACAAUGUUCACUCAUGGAUGGGCGAGGAAGCAUCCCAAGAUGAGAGGGGUGCAGCUGCCAUCUUUAUGACACAGCUGGAUGAUUUCCUGCGUGGAGCCCCAAGACAAUUCACUGAGUUUCAAAACCAAGAGUCAGUCACCUUUCUGGGCUACUUUAAGUCAGGCAUCAAAUACAAGCAAGGUGGAGUAGCCACAGGCUUCCACCAUGUGGAGACCAACACAGACAAAGUCCGCCGUCUGCUGCAUGUUAAAGGUCGUCGCGCGAUCAAAGCCACAGAGGUGAACCUGUCCUGGGACAGCUUCAACAAAGGAGACUGUUUCAUCAUUGACUUGGGACAGGAGAUCUACCACUGGUCUGGCAGUGAGUGCAGUCGCUAUGAGCGCCUGAAAACCACUGAGUUGGCCACUGAUAUACGGGACAAUGAGCGAAAAGGCCGUGCUGAAAUACACAUGAUUGAAGAAGGUUCUGAGCCGGAAGCUGUCAUUAAUGUGCUUGGACCCAAGCCCAACCUCCCAUCAGGGACCCCUGAUGAUGUUGCUGUUGAUAAGAAGAGCCAGAGUCAGGCAUCUCUCUAUUUGAUUUCUGAUGCUGCUGGCUCCAUGAAGACAACUUUGGUGGCUGAUAAAACCCCAUUCAAACAAAACAUGCUCUCCCCGGAUGACUGCUUCAUCCUGGACAACGGGGCUGACAACAAGAUAUUUGUUUGGAAAGGGCAGAAAGCAAAUGCAGCUGAACGCAAAGCAGCACUGGCUUCUGCAAACAAGUUCAUCAAAGACAAGAAUUACCCCCAGAAUACUCAGGUCCAAAUAAUGCCAGCCGGGGGUGAGACCACCCUGUUUAAGCAGUUCUUCUUCAAUUGGUUGGACAAGGAUGAGACCACAGGACCAAGACAGCCCUACACUGUUGGUAACAUCGCCAAGUUGAAGCCGAUUCCCUUUGACGCCACCACACUCCACACCAGCACCACCAUGGCCGCCCAGCACGGCAUGGUGGAUGAUGGCUCUGGGAAAGUCAAGAUUUGGCGUGUGGAAAAAGGUGAUACGGUACCUGUGGACCCAUCCAUUUAUGGGCAGUUCUUCGGAGGUGACUGUUACCUGGUGCUGUACUCCUACAAUGCUGGAGGCAGAGAGAAGCAUAUCAUCUACACCUGGCAAGGGAAGAAAUGCACCCAGGAUGAACUGGCUGCUUCAGCCUUUCUCACUGUCAAGAUGGAUGAUUCCAUGGGUGGAGUAGCUACACAGGUUCGUGUCACUCAGGGCCAAGAACCUCCUCAUUUUGUGAGUAUGUUUAAAGGCAAGCCUUUGGUCAUCCACCUGGGCGGGACAUCCCGUAAGAGUGGGGAGAGCAAGGCCGGCAAAACACGACUUUUCCAUAUCCGCCAGAGCUCCACCAAGGCCACACGGGCUGUUGAGGUGGAGCCCACUGCCUCUGCUCUGAACACCAAUGAUGUGUUUGUGCUGAAGACACCUGAUUCCCUGUUUCUGUGGAAGGGAAAGGGUUCAACCCCAGAGGAGAUGGCUGCAACCAAGUAUGUUGCUGGCCUGCUUGGCGGAGCUGCCACUGAGGUGCAGGAGACCCAGGAGCCAGCUGGUUUCUGGGCAGCACUGGGCGGGAAGAAGGACUAUCAGACCUCCAAGAAUUUGGAGAGGGUGGUCAAGCCCCCACGACUGUUUGGCUGCACAAAUAAGUCUGGCAGGCUGAGCGCGGAGGAGGUCCCCGGUGAGUUCACACAACUGGAUCUAGCGACCGAUGAUGUCAUGAUCCUGGACACCUGGGAUCAGAUCUUUCUUUGGAUCGGAGCUGAUGCCAAUGAAACUGAGAAAACGGGGUCAAUGAAGAUCGCCCAAGACUACGUGAAUUCGGACCCUGCUGGCCGUCGUGGCAUCCCAAUCAUCACCAUAAAGCAGGGUGAGGAGCCACUCUCCUUCUCCGGCUGGUUCCACGCCUGGGACGUCAGCAUGUGGAACAAGGAUCCUUUGCAGUGCAUGCAGGACCGCAUCAAAAAGAAGUAAUAGGAGAAACACAAAGCCGUAGCAUCUGCAAAACAUCGGAAUAGAUUGAAUGCUCAUAUAUUCUUAUCCAUUAAAUAUUCAGCUGCUUUCAUUCUGUCAUAUGCAUUAUAGCUACAAAUAAACACGUGCUCAGAGUCGAUUGAAACAACAUGACACACUAUGUCUCUCAAAAUGUAUGUUUCAUAGAUGAGAUACUGGAAUUUUUCAUGUCAUUUGAUUUUUAUGUCAAAUUCCUCUUCUUAUAGCCUGGCUUGCAAAGAAAAAU